AUGCCACCACUGCCACCGCCACGUCUCCGGGUCUCCGGGUCUCGAAUCUCGGAUCCCAGGUCUUUUCCAGUCCCAGGUCUCUUAGCCUCUAGUCUCGGAUCGCAGCAGCAUCACAGACAGCAGCAACAUCUUCAGAUUCAGUUUCAGUUUUGGUGGAGGAGCCCCUGCCUUCUGAUAGUCGUGUUGGGACUGCUCUCGAUGCUGGCGGGGAACUGUGUCAAUGGGCAAAUCGAUGGCUAUAUUGCUGGCGAGGAUUACCCCGCUUACGAUGCUGUGCCCAAGGGUCUGGCCUUCAACUGCCAGGGUCGCCAGCCAGGUUACUAUGCGGACACAGAGACGCGUUGUCAGGUGUGGCAUUGGUGCCUCCACUCGGGCCACCAGUACUCCUUCCUCUGCCCCAAUGGCACCGUCUUCAACCAGGCCGUUCGCGUCUGCGAUUGGUGGUCCAAUGUGAACUGCGCCGGCUCGGAGCAGCUCUACCAGAACAACGACGAGCUCUAUCGCAUCCCCGAGAAGCAGCAGUCGUCGAGUGAUGUAUGAUAUGAGGCCGAUGAUGAGUAUAAGAUUGGGACAGCAGCAGCAAACGGAACCACAGCACAGCAGCGCGGAGGCAGACAGCGGCAAUUUCAAAAGGAGAAACAGCAACAGCAGCAGCAACAUCAACUCAACAGCAACAAUAGAAUCGUAGAUAGCAGCAACUACAGUAAAAUGACCAAAAAUAGCUUUAGAGGUAGCAUGAGAUUUACCACACCAAGUACCAAUCCUCAAUCGUCGUACUCAUCAUCACAGCAGCAGCAGCAACAGGAGCAGCCACAGCAGAAACAGCAACAUAAAUCUAGUAAAAAUAGCGAAAGAAAAUCAAAGCCUAGCAGUAGCAAUAAGCCCAAUAGACUUAGCCAUAGCGAUAGGGAAAGCAACCGCAACCAAACUAGAACUAGGAAUCGCACUCACAGCAAUAGCCCGCAUCAAGGCAAAAAAAAGAACCCAAACAAUAGCAAUUCCAACACCCAAAACACCCACAACAACUCGCGAGGCAAGCAGCGCUAUAACACUAACAAAUUCGAAAACGAUGCGGAGCUCAAGGAUUACAAGAGCAAGAUCAAGAACAAAUACAACAUCGAUUAUGACCAUUCUUUGGAUGAAGAAUAUGAAAUAAUCGAGGCCAUCGAAUGA